AUGGAUGCCCAAACCUGCAACAAAGCACGCCAGUCUUUCAUCGAUGCUGGAGCGUUACUGAGCAAAAUAUUCAAAUUUCCACAAAAAAUCACGGUAGUUGCAGAAUUUGCGGAUCUGUGCAAGACUUUAGGGGGGUGUACCGCGGAUAGCACUAUUGUUGGAGCAGCGGGUCCAUCCCGGUUUUUCUCAAUGAAAGGCGAAGACGGUGCAGUUCGGCUCUAUCCCCAAGUAUUAACAAAGUUUGCCAACCCGACAGGCCCGGUACCUUUUGAUACGCACGACAUAAUAGCCUCCUUCAACAGCAAACUAGCACCUCAAUUUUUCUUCCCGGGUGAUGAAAACAUUAAAUCAAAUCAAAUCGAUUUUGUUGGUGUUAUCGCACACGAAUUUUGUCAUGGAUUGGGUUUCUUUUCAUCUUGGGAACCGUCUGGUGUCGACAACGUGGUAACACCAGCCAUCAUUAUUGAUUCUACAAAUAAAUUGCGCGUGCGUGAAACCAUCUUUGAUCAAUUUCUGAUUCGAACCGCAGAUGGUAAAAAGCUAUCAGAUUUUACAGCAGCAUUUGAAAAAGCCAUUGAUGGACAGACAUUUACUACUAAUGCGGCACUAGCCAGCAUUAUUGAACAAACUGCUUCUGACAAUCAGAUAACGACUACGACAGACUUUAUCACCGCAAAUGCAGUUGGAUUUUUGCCGAAAGGAAAAACAGAUACAGAAGAUGCU